AAUGGGGAGGGCCGGGCCACGGGCGGCGGCGGCGCUGCAGUCGGCGCUGGCGCGGGUGCGGGCGCCAUGGAGGCCGAGCGGGGGCCGGAGAACCCGCCUGCGGAGCGCAGCGGCCCGGGCCGGAAGCCGGCGGAGGGCGCGCGGGCCCUGGCUGAGUUCGCGGCGCUGCACGGUCCGGCGCUGCGCGCCUCGGGGGUCCCUGAGCGGUACUGGGGCCGCCUCCUGCACAAGCUGGAGCACGAGGUGUUCGACGCUGGGGAGGUGUUUGGGAUAAUGCAAGUGGAGGAGGCGGGCGAGGAGGAGGAGGAGGCGGCAGCGGCACAGGAGGCGAGGAGGAAGCAGCCCAACCCAGGCCACGAGCUGUGCUACAAGGUCAUCGUGACCAGGGAGAGCGGGCUCCAGGCGGCCGACCCCAGCAGCAUCUUCCUCAUUGACCACGCCUGGACGUGUCGCGUGGAGCACGCCCGCCAGCAGCUGCAGCAGGUGCCAGGGCUGCUGCACCGCAUGGCCAACCUGAUGGGCGUCGAGUUCCAUGGCGAGCUGCCCAGCGCGGACACGGUGGCCCUGGUGCUGGAGGAGAUGUGGAAGUUCAACCAGACCUACCAGCUGGCCCAGGGGACAGCCGAGGAGAAGGUGCCGGUGUGGUACAUCAUGGACGAAUUCGGCUCUCGAAUCCAGCACGCGGACGUAGCCAGCUUUGCCACCGCGCCUUUCUUCUACAUGCCCCAGCAGGUGGCCUACACGCUGCUGUGGCCCCUGAGGGACCUGGACACGGGCGAGGAGGUGACCCGGGACUUUGCCUAUGGAGAGGCAGACCCUCUGAUCCGGAGAUGCAUGCUGCUGCCCUGGGCCCCUGCCGACAUGCAGGACCUCAGCUCCUCCACGCCCGAGCCGCCGGCUGAGCACUACCAGGCCAUUCUGGAGGAGAACAAGGAGAAGCUGCCACUUGCCAUCAGCCCAGUGCUGCGUCCCCACGACCACAUCUUCAGGGUCUACACAGACAUGCAGCAGGUGCUCAGCGCCCUCACUCACCCGCGCUUCACCUUCACCCAGAGCCAGGCGGACGCCGACAUCCUCUUCAACUUCUCCCACUUCAAGGACUACAGGAGGCUGAGCCAGGAGAGGCCGGGCGUGCUGCUGAACCAGUUCCCCUGCGAGAGCCUGCUGACCGUGAAGGACUGCCUGGCCUCCAUUGCGCGCCGGGCCGGGGGCCCCGAGGGCCCCCCCUGGCUGCCCCGAACCUUCAACCUGCGCACCGAGCUGCCCCAGUUUAUCAGCUACUUCCAGCAGCGGGAGCGGCGGGGUGAGGACAACCACUGGAUCUGCAAGCCCUGGAACCUGGCCCGCAGCCUGGACACCCACAUCACCAGGAGCCUCCACAGCAUCAUCCGGCACCGAGAGAGCACCCCCAAGGUUGUGUCCAAGUACAUUGAAAGUCCCGUCUUGUUCCUUCGAGAUGACGUCGGCAAGGUCAAGUUCGACAUCCGCUACGUUGUGCUGCUGCGGUUGGUGAAACCCCUGAGCUUGUUCGUGUACGACGUGUUCUGGCUGCGCUUCUCCAACCGGCCCUUCGAGCUCAAUGACCUGGACGACUAUGAGAAGCAUUUCACGGUCAUGAACUACGACCCGGAUGUGGUGCUUAAGCAGGUGCAUCAUGACGAGUUCAUCCCCGAGUUUGAGAAGCAAUACCCAGAGUUUCCCUGGAGCGACGUCCAGGCGGAGAUCUUCCGGGCCUUCACGGAACUGUUCCAGGUGGCCUGUGCCAAGCCACCACCCCUGGGCCUGUGUGACUACCCCUCGUCCCGGGCCAUGUAUGCUGUUGACCUCAUGCUGAAGUGGGACAACCGUCCAGAUGGGAGGCAAGUGAUGCAGCCGCAGAUCCUGGAGGUGAACUUCAACCCGGACUGUGAGCGAGCCUGCAGGUAUCACCCCACCUUCUUCAACGACGUCUUCAGCACCUUGUUUCUGGACCAGCCCAGCGACUGCCAUGUCACCCGCCUCAUCUAGGCACUUGCUGUCCCCUCAACCUGUGCUGGGGGCGGGAUCCCCACCUCAGUUCUCUGAGCUGCUUCUGAAAGGCCCCGCCCGUCCUCCCCCUCCCUCCCUCGGGCCCGGCCCCGGGCUCUGUCCUCAGCCAUGGUCCUGGCCUCACCCUGGGAGCUCAGGGUCCAUCUCCUGCCAGGGGGUCGGAGCAGGACAGCGGUGGUGUCCCCGGGACUGAGCGCUGCCCCAUCCACUCCCCUCACCACCAUCUGGUGAGGGACCAUGGCUGCCAGGGCUUCCUUCCCGGCGCUGAGCAGGCGGCUCCAGGCUGCCGUUCCCAGGGCGUGUGGGGACGGGCUCUGUGCAGGAGCACAAUGAUGUGCUCCUCAGUCGGGGCUCCCCAGGGAGGCGCUGGGGACCCUGCAGCGAACAGGGCCGGGUGGGCCUCUGUCCCAGAGUCUCUGCCCUCGUGCACCGUGGCUCCCCUGUACGGGUGUCGGGCCUCACGCGCUGCCCGCAGGGCUCUGACGGGUGACCCGGAACAGCCUGGGGAAGCUGCUGGCCAAACCCGCCUUAUCAGCACCCCCAGCUGCCAGGACCUUCACCAGCAAACCUCCCCUGAGUUCCAGGCAGGAGGGCAGCUGUCUUCUGUUAGGUUCCUUUUCCAACAUCAAGGGUCCCAGACCCCAACAGGGAAGUCGGCCUGUAGAGUCCCUUUUGUCCCAGUGGCCUCCCUGCUCACCACCUUAGUCUGAUUUCAGCUGGGACCCUCUGGCAAGGGGUCUCGGGGCAAGUGUGGGGGGCAGAGCACCAGGCAGGCAGCAGGUAGAAGAUGAUUCCGCGGAGAACUUUAUGUUAAAGUCAGAUGCCAUCUUCUACCAGCGUCUACAGUCAUAAUGUUGGCUUUUGUUUGUUUUUUAACUUAUGGGAGGAAAAUACAGAAUUCUAGUUCUUUCCUAAUUUUGUUUCUGAAAUCUAGAGUCAGCUGCUGGUGUUUUGUGUAACCGCAGCGCACCUGGGCCGGGCUCACGGCAGCGGGUGGGCCUGACGCCCUGGGCAGGUGGGAGCUGCUUCCAGGGCCUUCUGGUUUGCAGGAAGGCAGGGCUGCGCAUGGUGGUGUUUCAUUUGUGAAGAUACAAGUGACCCUUGUGGCAAAACUGCACACAGUGAUUCCGCCUGCCCCCUUGGGGUUAAGGAGAGCCUCGCCCUCCCCGGCAGGCCCAGGCCUGUAGCUGCUGGGUGGGGCGGGCACCUCACCGGUUUCCCUGGGAGCACUGCCGUCCCAUGUCCCUUCCACUGGGUUAUGUGCUGCAGUAAAGGACGCCUCCUCUCACGCCUACCCUCCUGUCUCUGGGGCCUGGAGCCAUGGGCUUGGCCUGGUGUGGCAGCUGUUUCCCCUGCUGUUGCCAAAAACCCCCAAAAUACCAAUGUCACUUUGGGAAGCCACAGAAGAAAUAAGAUGGCAUUUAGAUUUCAGAGUCCCCCACUCCAAAGUAUGAUUUCCCAGCGCUGGGAAUUUCCAAGCCACAGGAGGCUGAGCCCCUGCCAGCUCUGCCACCACCGCCCAGCAGCCUCGGUCCUCGUGAGCCCAGAGCCCUGGCGGCCCUGGGCAAUGGCGUUCUUCCCACACCUGCCACCUUGCGCAGAGGUGGGGAUGAUAAGAGACCCCAACUCUGGGGUGUGGAGGGUUCCAAGGGCUGCGGCAGGGUAGGUGCAGGACGCCGGCGGCAGCGGCGCCACCUGGUGGCCUGAGAGGUUAAAACUGGGAAGGGGAGCAGCCUGCACGAUGCUGCUUCUCUCGAGCGGCACUACGCAGGGUGCCCCUCGGGAGGACGCCCACGCGGGGCUGUCUGUCCAGAGCCUGGCCAGGGUGCUGCUCUUGCCUUCUCCCCAUGCACCUAGAACCCGAUGCCCACGAGUGAGCGGGGACAGCCCCUGGGGUCAGGACCACAUGGUCCGGGCUAUCCCUGAUGCUACCUGUGCUUUUCUCUGUUCCCAGACGUCCCGGCACCUCUGCCCGGUGCACAGGGACAACCCCCAGGGAGGGCCAUGAGUCGGGGGCUCCACAGGCUGAGACAGUUGCCAUGGAGAUGGUGCUUAUCCCACCAAAUACUAAUUCCUGGAACUCA